GGAACAGUGGCUGCAAGAGGUGGUAAAGCAAGGGUGAAGGACAGAGGUGAUCCCAAAGGAACAUGGACGUUAACAGUGCUUUCAGAGUGUUUUGGAAAUCAAGGCAAUUGUAUACGAGAAAACCGACAAAUGUAUCAGUUGAGGAAGUUCCACUUACAUGGAAAAGAAAGCAUUUUAAAAGGAAGAAGAAGAGACCAUCAAAAGACUUUGAAAAACACGAAGUGCAGGUCUAUAAUGAGAUGAUCACAUUUCCUUGUUCCAUAUGCAAGCAUGAAAUAGACCUACCUGGAAGUUUCCUCCAUAAAAAGCAGCAUGCAGCUCUGGCCACACUGGGCUUUCAGUGGAUGGGUGGGAAAAAACCAGGGCUGUCCGCGAUUGCUGAGCAGAGACAGUCCAUCAUUGCUAAACUAUUGUCAUCUUCUGCGUUCACUGAAAAAGUCUUACAGAGCAUUAAUAAUGCUUUUGAGCUACUCUGGAAUAAACAAAUACCAGCAUACUAUAAGAUUAUUGAUAACAUUCACAAAAGUUCCAUAUAUCCUCAAAAAUUCUGUCAUCUAUUAAUUAAAGGAGCAGCCAUUUGUGAAGACAGGAAUUCUGCAUGGAGAGCUGACAUGAAUGAUAAAUUCACUGUCGUGAAUAAUUUUGGCAACAAACCCAAUGUGUGUUUUUUCAGUUUGUUUGACGGACACCAUGGUGCCUCGGCGGCAGACUUGACAUCAAUGGAACUCCCAGUUUUACUUCUCCAUCAACUUUCCAGACUUGAUCCUUCCUACCAAAUGACCCCUGGAGAGCAAAAAGUAAUCAAGUCUUUCCACACAGUGUUUAGAGAAGAUUACAGAGCUAUAGAAGACUCCUUCUCCUCCAUAAAGAAAAGGACGAAAACACUGAAAAAUGAGUAUGAGAACAUACACAAAGCUUUUGCAAAAGCAUUUUGGAGAAUGGAUAGGCUUUUACGUCUUGGAAGGAAAGAAGUGUCCAGGGUUCAAUGGAGUGGCUGCUCCGCAGUUACUUGCAUCUUGGAAGGCAACAUUAUCAGUCCCGAAGCUAAGACAACUUGGAGAAGAUUCAAUGACCGUGAUGCUUUGGCACACAGGUUCCCUUUCCAGGCGAUGCCAAAGAUAAUUUCUGGAGUGCUACAUAUUGCAAACACUGGUAAUGUGCAAGCAGUCCUAUGCAGAAAUGGGAAAGGCUUUUGCCUAACCAAAGAACACACCACACGAAACACAGAUGAAAGAAGAAGAGUACUUCAGAAUGGAGCAAUCAUUAGUUCAAAUGAACCAUACGGGCUCCUACAAGGGCAAAUAAAAACCACACGAGGACUUGGAUUUCAUGGAAACCUCAAACUGAAAAAAUUCAUUAUUCCAGCACCUCAGACUAUUUCUGUGCCUAUAGAUGACUUAUGUCAAUUCCUUAUCUUAGCUACUAAUGGACUCUGGGAAGUUUUGGAUACAAAGGAAGUCACUGCACUGACAAUGACAGCUUUUCAAGUACAUAAAGAAACACAGAGUUCUAUCACAGGAAACAAACUGUCACCAUUCAAAGGGAGACUUUUCCCAAUUGAUGAACAAAGCACAUCUAAAUCAGAAACUAACAUCCACAUAGUGUUUCAGUGCAAAUCUAAAGAAUGUGCGUCAACUAUAAAUGCAAAAGAAAAUUUGUCAGGUGCAAAACAUUCUAUUUGUAACCCUGAAAAUACAGGAACAUUUCCACCCAAAAUUACUAAUCAUGAUCCUUGCAGUGAGAGAGGAACUGAUGGACUGACCAGUGUAGAUGGUGUGCCAAAAGAUUCUAGUGAAAAAGAAUCAUGCGUUAAGAGUUUCUAUGAAGGUGCUGCUGAGUAUAUUAGCCGUGAACUUGUAAAUGCUGCUUUAGCAGCUGGCUCCAGAGACAACAUUACAGUUAUGGUAAUACUUUUCAAUGGAAGUGAAUAUCAGUUUCUGACAUAA